AAUCAACAACUGAAAAAUCUGGUGAAGAAGAGACAGAGAGAGAGAGAAGAGCAAAGCCGAUUGAGGAUGAUGGAGAAGAAGAUGGUGAUAGCUUUAGCUCUGGUUCUCUUUGUAAUAUCGUCGAACAUGGAGGUCAUUGAUUCUUCGGCUUACGACUGCGACGACGCUUGUUCCACUGGCUGCGUUAAUCGAGACCGCUUGAGUCGCGUUGUAACCUGAAAUGCCAGAUAAGAUGCGGUCCAGAUCUUAAAGCUGGCGAGAAGCUGAAUUGAAUCUUGGAAGACAACCAAGAGUGGAUUGCAAUAAAAAAGAAAUGAGAAACACUGGAUUCUCACGGCUCUUUUGUUUGUAUCGUACAAUAUGUUGUAUAAAUGUACUCUUUUUUAGUUAACGGAAUUACUUACGUACCCAAAAAAACAAAUAAGAAAUGAGGGUUGAAUCAAGGAUGAAUGAAUCAGAAAAAAAAAACAUUUCCUUAACUUGAUGUACUUGUUGAAUCUAAACCAUAACAAUGGGGUGUACGUUAUGA